GCCCUUGGAUUCCGGACCAGUGCGGCUGCGCCGGAUGGCGUGGAACGGCGGGGCGGAGCGGGGCUGCGGCUGGGCAAGGCGCGGUAAGACACAGGCGUGGCUUGGGGUCCACUGUAUGCUCUGGGGACCCCCACCAUGGCCAGAGGACUCUCACCAUGGCCUGGACACCCUUGGUAUGGCCUGGGGUCUCCCGCCAUGGCCAGAGAACUCUCAUCACAGACUGGAGACCCUUGGUAUGGCCUGGGGACACCCACCGUGGUUCAUGGCUUGGUGACUCCCAUCGUGGCUUCAGGACCCCAACCGUGGCCUGGUGACCUUUACCAUGACCUAGGGACCCGCACUGUGUCGUGGAGGACCCCUUGCCCUGGGAUGCCUCAGGCUUUUGGGGAUAUCCCCCCAUGUGUGACAGCCAAUGGAUGCCCAGCACGGCACAGGAGGUGCUCUGGGAGCUCUGCGUUUCUGGCAAUUUCCUGAUAGUGAGUCAUUGUAGUACCAGUCUCGGCCGCAGGAGCUGUGCAGGGCUGGAUGGCACUUUCAGGAAGUGAAACGGGUACCAGGAAAACACCCCAACAGCCCAAAUCCACGCAAGCCCAGCCACGCACAUCCCUGGCCUUCUCAGCAUGAUGCAAUCUCCGGCACACUGGAUGGACUAUGAGGAUCAGGAGUGUCCCUAAAGGCCAUGACUCUGAAGGCCAUGUCCCCAGCGUGGCAUGAGUGGGCACAAGAAACUGAGCAGACAGCAGGGUCCUGCACCCACUGGUGUUGGGGCAGUGAGGACAAGAGGGGUGUCAGAGGAGGCACGGCUGGCCAUGGCACCAAUGACUUAUUAAAGAAAUACAGGAAUUGAUCUAGUAUCGAUACCCAACUGUGACAGACUCUCUAACAGUUUAAAGUUAGAAAGUGUAUGUUUAUUACGGCCGGGCAGCACACAGGAUAGUUCCCUAAUAUGCGCUGCAAAAUUCACAGGUAAUUACAAAGCCUUUUAUUUACAGAAGUGUUGAAUACCCAAAUAGAAAUACAUAUUCAUACUCCUGUCACCUCCCAUUCCUCACUUCAUAUGCUAAUUAGCAAAAAGGCUAUUAAGCAUGCUUAGUUUGUUUCCUAAAAUGAGUCGGGGGUCUCUUCUGGGGAGGGGUCACCCAAAAUGAGGAAGUAAGAUGAGUCUUCCUUGUCCUGACCUUUCUACCUUUUCAAUGCAUUUGUGAUAAAUGAAUCCUUGGUAGAACUUACAGUUUCCUUUGUUGAAUGGGUUCUUUAAGCAGGAAGUCUGUAGAUAUAUCUUAUUUACUGAAUUUUGUUUAUUGUUACAAGCACAGCUACAUAAACAUAAAGCUGACAAGCAAUGAGUUACAAAAUCCAGGAUAGCUUAUCUAAGAUCUGGCUUCUGUUAACUAUGAACAAAGCUUACCUAUCUACUUCAGCUAAUUCAGCAACUUAUUAUCUUUCUUAAAAAUCCUUAAUUCUUUAAAAUUAAUGUCUCACCACGGGCCUGGGCAGUGCAGGAGGAAGCCAUGGAGCAAUGGUGGAGUGGUAGCACUUGCACCAUCGGCCCUUUCCGGGACACCCACAGUCCCCAGCCCUGACAAGGGUGGAUGUCAUCACAGCUGGGCUGGGAUUGGGACUGGGGUCAGAGCUGGUGCUGAGGGAGUCCAACUCUCUGUUGGGUCAACUGAAUAGCAGGCUGGCACAUGGUCACAGGCCCCACACAUCGACCCCAAAUAUCCCCUCUGCUGUCUGCCCCACACACCUGGAGCAUCCUUCUGCUCAGCCCCACAACCCAGCUCCAGACCAUCCCCUGCUCUGCCCCAUACUCUGGUCCUGGAGCAUCCUGGAGCUCUGGUCCAUGCUCCCCCUCCCCACUACACUGCUUGGGAGCAACCAACCCCCACAGUCCUCCACUCUCAAGAGAGUAAUUGGGCAAAACCGGACAUUGCAAAACCUGGAAACCCCACUCUGACAGUGCUUCCUUUUGGAGACUCUUGAAAACCAGCCACACUGACACUGAGCUCAGAGAGCAGCCAAGCAGCACUGCUGGCAGGACAGGCAGGAGCAGGCAGCCAAGUGCCUCAGAAGUUUGGAGGUACUGUGAAGUCUCUGCCCAGGACUCUGCAAUUAGUGGCAGCAAUGGCAUUCGUCCCUGAUCUGGACACACUGGAGAGCAGCAGCCUGAACGAGGAGACAUUUUAUGGCCCCAACUGUCCCUGCCCGCAGAAGAAGCCGCGACUGGACUUGGAAGUGACAUCGCCUGGAGUGGGCAUCCAGGUGACAGUGACAAAAGGACACCUUUCCAGGACCUUUCGCCAGGCUGCCAUCCUGGUGGUUGCUGUGACCAAGCUCCUAAAGCAGCCAUCUCACAAGGACUUUGCUGAUAGUGACCUUGGCAACUUCUUAGAUGAUAUUUUUGAGCCCGUCUCCUUCGAGUGCAUCAAGGGCAGUUAUACCAGGGCACCCGUUUUCCGCUACACUCGCUCCCAGUCCUUUGACAUCCUGGACAUAGACCACAAGUGCUUCGUACUGGAGUCACCCACCCAGCUGGUGGCCCUGCACCUGCAGGGACCCUCUGCUGGACGGAAAGUGAAGCUCAACAUUGCUCUGUACCGUCCCCGGUCGUCGCAGGGCAGUCCAGGGUCUGGAAGGGUGCCAGUGGCAUUGGGUAUCAAGGGCUACCAGCUCUACAUGUCGUGUGUGAUGAGUGGCACCAAGCCCGUGCUGCAGCUGGAGGAAGCUGACAUCAGGAGGGAUAUUGAGAGCGUGGAGCUGACCCGCUUCAUCUUCUACCGCCUGGACAGCCCAGCUGAGGGGACCACCCGCUUCGAGUCGGCCGCCUUCCCCGGCUGGUUCAUUUGUACAUCCCUGCAGCCCCGCCAGCCUGUUGGUAUCACGAACACCCCAGACCAGGUGAACAUUGCUACCUAUGAGCUGAGUGGGCGCUGAGGACCCUGCAUCAACCCAACCGGCAGUCACCGGUUUUCAGGCUGUAUGUACUAAGUACAACCCCCUGGGAAACAACCCCCUUUCCCAUCUAUUUCAUGUGAAUUUAGCAGCUCUGGGCCCCAUGGGCUUGAGCCACCCCAAUCUGUAUUUAUUUAUUUAUUGUGUCUGUCCAUUGCUUUGGUACUUAUUUAUUGUGCCCCC